AUGUCGUCCUUCGAGUCGGUUGUCGUCAUUGAUGGCAAGGGCCACCUCCUUGGCCGUCUUGCCAGCAUUGUCGCCAAGCAGCUCCUCAGCGGUCAGAAGAUCGUUGUCGUCCGCUGCGAGGCCCUCAACAUCUCUGGCGAGUUCUUCCGCGCUAAGCUCAAGUACCACGCCUACCUGCGCAAGAUGACCCGUUACAACCCUACCCGCGGUGGUCCCUUCCACUUCCGCGCUCCCUCCAGAAUCUUCUACAAGGCCGUCCGUGGUAUGAUCCCCCACAAGACCGCCCGUGGUGCCGCCGCUCUGGAGCGCCUCAAGGUUUUCGAGGGUGUCCCUCCCCCCUACGACAAGAAGAAGAAGAUGGUCGUUCCCCAGGCUCUCCGUGUCCUGAGACUGCAGCCCGGUCGCAAGUACUGCACCGUCGGCCGCCUGAGCCACGAGGUCGGCUGGAAGUACCAGGAUGUUGUUGCCCGCCUGGAGGAGAGGCGGAAGGCCAAGGGCGCUGCCUACUACGAGCGCAAGAAGGUUGCUGCACGACAACUGACCGACGCGAAGAAGAACGCCUCUGUCAAGGAGGAGACGGCGAAGGCCCUCGCGGCUUAUGGCUACUAA